AAAGAAUUUUAAAUGUGUCAAAAGUGACCAAAGGUGUCAAAUCUACCAUAUAAGAGGGUUCCAUCCAGUUCUAUCAUUUGAUACUAAAUCUAUUUGAGCUUGUCUCCAGUUUUACUUGGUAUAUCAUCAUCAAACUGAAACUGGCCUCAUGGAGUUUACAGCCAGAACUUUAGAGGUAAAUUUACAGUAGGGCUCCACGCUGCUUUGUUUUCUAGUCUGGAUGUCAUGAAGAAGUCUGGAUUUGGAGCUUUUGGAGACUCUAGAGGGUUAAUAUAAGAUAAGAUAUGACUUUAUUUAUCCCACAGUGGAGAAAUUUAGCUGUUACAGCAGCUCAAAUCUUGCCCCAUUCUGCAUUCAUAUGUAUAUAUCUAUUUAUAGAUAUAAGUCUGUCUAAAUUAAGUGUCUAAAAUGGAUUUUUAAAGGACACAUCUCCUCUUAAGAACUUUAUUUUUACAGCACCAGAACAACUUUAACUAACUUCACACAAUUGGAUUUUCUAACACAAGAUAAAUACAAGAUUCAGAGAUUUUGGCGAGUCGCCAACGAGAGGUAACCACAACUGUUAAAUAUUCUUAAAAAGCAUAAUAAGGAGUUCAUGACAACAUACUGUACAUGCUUGAAUAAAUAAAGCAGAUGAAUACAGUAGAACCCUUUGCCUGUCCCAUUAUCCACAGCACACACACACACCAGUGCCCUUACCUAAUUUAUUCACACAAUAUGUAGCAAUUUGUGUCUUUUUACACAUCAUUCAUGCAUUAUGAGAGUAGCAGGAGAAAGGAAAGCUGAGAAAAGCAAGCAGGGAGAAGAUGACGCGUGUGAAAAUGUGUUUUAUUUAGCACUGUUCGGGUUUUCUUUGUCAGCUAAUGUCCGUGUUUUUGGCCACAGUGGCGAGCAGAGGAGCCCAGAUAGCCGGUAAUAUCUGCAAUAAGACCUUUUUACCACCUCUUACCUCUUCACCUAUACGAUAUGGUACUUCUGUAGUCAAAGUGUGUGUGCGUGCGCGUGCGAGGCGCGCGCUGGUUUGCGUCACGGCUCUCAGAAAGGACCCUGGGACCCUCCUCGACAGUGAGAGCUUUUAGCUCUUCUUCGCUAAUGUCCUGAAUAAUGGCAUCUUGAUGGAGAGAGAGUCAACGGAAAAAGAGAAAGAGGGGAGAAAAAGAGACGGAGGGAAAAAGAGUGAGAGGAGAAAGAGACAGAAAGAGAAACCUCUGCAUCCAUCUGUCUUUACCUCCGGACCUCCAUCAGUGGCAGGCCUAUCAUUAUUCCCUCUCUCUGCCUUUCUGUUUUCAUUAUUCCCGUUUUGUCUCCUUUUUCAGCAUGAUGAUGAUCCAUGGGGAUAAAACACACGUCUCAGUGUGUGUGUGUGUGUGUGUGUGUGUGUGUGUGUGUGUGUGUUCUUAUGUGGCAUUGUGAGCUUUUAGUGAAGCGAACUUUUCAUCAUAUCGAGCCAUUAUUAGGAAGAAAAAGCUGUUUUUAGUAGCAUGAAAUGAUCCCUCAAGAUGUGGCAUCACUAAUGGACUCCAAACUUUCACUCAUAUUCUACAUCUCAAUGCUUAAUUUAUCUCCUUGUGUGAUUUUUUUAUAUCAAAUUUAAGAGAAGUACAUCUUAGUCUCCCCCACAACUUCAGCUGCAGACUUCUUCCCCCUUUGCUGACGCUUUUGACGAGAAUAAGCCUUUGUUCUAAAACAAUCCUUAAGAGGUUCGGUGGUGACGUGGGUGAUGCUGUGUGCGUGUCUUCUUCUGUCCUUGGUUGAAACAGAAAAGUGGAACUGGAAUAAAAGUGUUUAAGACUUGCAAGAUGAAAGUGAACCUGUGGUGAGUGACUUUGUCUCAUGUGAAAAACUUUCCUCAACGUGUGUUAAAAACCUGUUAACCUCCUGAGAGCCGAGCUUUCCUUUGGUUUGUAUUGAUAUGUUGGAUUUGUAGGACCUGAUAAGUACAAAAACUAAGCAUUGUCUUUGAACAGGAAGUAGUUUUUUUGGGGGGAAGGGUUAAUUUUACUACACAAUUAAUUCACCAGUGUAUAAAACUUUUUAUUUCCUUACAUUUGGAAGCACAAAUAAGCAAAUUUUAACCCUAAAAUCAGAUCAGCUUUUGUACCUUGUUUGUCUUUUGAUUGACUUUAUCAAGAUGCUGCCAUCUGAUUCUUACACUGAUUGAUGUUUUGUGCUUUUUCUAGAGUGUGUACUACUGAGGACAACGUUUUAUAGUUAAGCAGAAUUAAGUAUAAGGUCCAGAAAACCUAAAAUGAAAUUACAUUACAUGUCAUUUAGCAGACGCUUUUGUCCAAAGCGAGUUACAAUAAGUGCAUUCAACCUGAUGGAACUAGACUUAGACCAUAGGAAUCAAGUAAGUACAUAACUUUAAGAGCUAACUGUCAUCGCUACAGGAGUGCUAUAUGUUAAAGAAGAAAAGAAGAAGAGAAAAUAUAUAUUUUUUAAAUAUAUCUGUUAGGUGACCAUGACUUAAGCGAGGUAUUGUUGGAAGAGAUAGUCCACAUGUGAGGACCCAGGAGGCUGCAUUUAAUCCAUUUUCUAAGUGGUUUGGAGUGAAACCAUACAAAUGUAUAUAUUGACACUGAUUCUUUCCAUUUCAAAGCGACUGCAGGUGUUGUUUUCACUCUUUCCUCAUGUGGGGAAACUGUCCCCACGGAUCUUAUGGUCAGCUGAACGUUGUGCUGUUUGUUUGGUUAAAUCCUCUGCUAUUAGCAGCGGGUGGUUGAUUAAAAACCUCCCUGUUUGGUAUUUGUAAGGUCACUCUGGGAUGUCGCUGUUCGGCUGCACUGAGUAAACUGUAGGGACAGUUCAGGGUGAGUGGCCAUGACCGACACACACUCCACACUUUCACUUUCUCACACACUUUUCUCUCCUCUCUGUGCGGACACGCUGCUUGUGUGUGUGUGUGUGUGUGUGAGGAUGUCUGUCAUUCAUUGAGUAACACACACAAACAGUAACGGGGGUCAUUGCCACAUCAGGCAAGCAAACACAGGGAGUUCAACAAGUUAAACAUUAAUACUUUUAUUUGUCAAAACAGCUGCUACAAAUCUUUUCAACACCAUAUUUAUAUAGAUGUUGCUUUAAAGUAGCCAAACUUCAUUUAUUAUGUCUUGUAUUUUUAAUUUAGCAGCUGCUCUUUUACUCUUUCUGUCUUUUUUUCUGUAAAAUGUCAUUAUUUUUUGUCAUUUUUGUACCAAUGUUGCCCCCUCCUCUCUGCAGAGAAUGUUUUCCACAUGCAUACAGAGCGCGAACACCCCGCCCCCCUCCUGUUUUGGCCUCACAGUCAGGAAAUACAUAUUUUUCCAUAAGCUCAGGAGCAUUUAGUGCAUGUUACCGUCUCUAAACGCGCGCGUUUUCUCCUCAUCCAGCUGCGCGCUCUGCUGCAGACGCGCGUCUCCACGCUCGCAUAUAAAGAGGAAAUAAUCAUUUCAAAGUUACCAAACUGCAACAUGGCAUCACCCUGGGCGCCGCGGCUCAAAUAGGUCACAGCUUUUACAGCUCGUUGUUAGGAAAAAAAAGUUUCUGUGUGUUGCAUUGUGGUGCAAGUUAAGCUGCCAUGUCUGCGCCAAAUAAUUGGCGAGAGAUCGUUAGAAAAACUGGGCCUUUGCAUGCAAUGUGAACCUGUGCAGCACGGAACACACACUCCUCGGGGGAAAUAUUUAUUUCCAUUUGUGGCUUUUAAUGUUUCUGCAAAUUAAAGCGCACGGCACAGCUGAAGAGUACCUUAAAUAAUUGUAUAAGGUCGCGUAAAUGCCGAUUAUUCCCGUGCGUAAUUAAGUUAAGAGGAAGAGCUGCUGGAUAAGUGGCACCGCCGCGCGCAGCUCUGUUGCUGCUCGUGCGCUGAUAUUUCAUAUUGUAUAAUAAUGGAGAAAUGCAGGAUCCGGUUGGAAUGACCUCGUUUGGGACACAAUGCUUCAAGAAUGCUGUUUUUUAUAUCAAUAACUUCUAAAUUAUUUAAAGCAGGGAAUAGGUAUUUUUCAUGCCUCUGCACAAAUCUACAUAUUUACUUUAAUCCAACGAGUCUGCAAUAUAAUUCCGCUUUUUUUUAACCAUGCAAAAUAUUUUUGACAUUACAGAGUUCCACUUUUAUCACACACUUCCUUAUUUUUCUUUAGUUCCUUCACACAGUUUAAUAAAUUAAUCAUAAUUUAUGACCUGUUUUAAAUAAAGACGCGGUGAAUCUGACACUCUACCUUUAUGUAUAAUAAUUUUAUUAACUUCCCUGCACACUAUUUGCUGUUUAUGUGAUUUUAGUCCUUGGUUGAUUUACACAUAAAGCGUCCUAAUUCUGUCUUUUUUUCUCCCUGCGCACUCUUAAUAGAAAGACUCAUCAGUGAGCCUUGAACGUGCGUGUUAACUCAGCACAACAAUGCAACAAACACAGAACUGCAACCUUUACAAUUAUAAUUAAACUGUAAUUAAAAGCUGGCAGUAUUUCAUAAAAAGUGAUCAUUUUAGAAAGUAAAUAAAUAAUUUGGUGCUCAAAAAGGCCUCAUCGUGCUGUUUUUUAAAAUUACGCUUCAUUGUGGUAAUUUUAUUGACAUAUUUGUGUUUUAUUUGCUCUUUAUAGGCCGAAUGAUGGAAGGGUGAUGGAGAGAUUCCUCCGCUCUGCUGAAGUGUCCUUAAGCAAAGCAGCGAUCAGCUCCGGGGGGGUUUCCUGAUCUCUGAUCUCUGAUCUCUGCUGUUUGGAGAAGAAGAAGAAGAAGAAGAAGAAGGAGAAGAGGGGGAGUUUCCCCCCAAUCACAAGUAUCUGCUUAUUUUUCUGCGCUUCCUUUUGAUUGACAAGGGGAGAGCUGAAUGCGCGCGGCCAAAUUAGAGCUACGGAAAGGCACAAAAGGUAAUUAUUAUCAUAGUUUCUGACUCGUGGGAAUCAAAGGAAACAUGUUUAUUUAAAAGACUUCAUUUAGUUCAGUGCUUGCAUAUGAAUAACCAGUGGUUUGUUAUAAUAUCUCAAGUUUAUUUAAAGAAAAAAGAUGUUAAUUUACUCAUGUAUUUGUAUGAUAAACUGGAUAUAGCUGCGAUAAAUAAAAUAAUGCUUUAACACACAUAAAAAGUAGAAAUGAAUUGUAUUCGUGCAGCUUAUCCGCGGAUGAGAAAGCUCCUGACUUUACCCUCUGCUCCUCUCUCCUCCCUCUCCCUCUCCGCUCUGGCUGCGCGCUGUUUUCGGGGGGCUCCUCAUAAAUAAAAUCCACCGUCCCCCCGGUUCCUCUUCCUUAUUGGUCAGGUGGAGUCGUUACCUCACUCCGGGGCCGGUGACGCGGCGUCUUCACGUAUCCUUGCACGCGCGUCUCUUCUUGUUUCUUAUUGCGAGUCUUGCCGGUCGGUCAGAGGGAGAAAAACGGGAUUCGCGGCGAGCCGGAGCGAGUGCCGGACGGAGCGGGUGCGCUCGAUACUAAACACUUCCCAUCCCGGGAGGAGAGCGGCGCACAAGAGCACACUCUCUCUCUCUCUCCUUUCUCUCUCUUCCACACACUUUCUCUAUGACUCUCUCUCUCUCUCGAUCCCCUCCCGCACACACACACUCACUCACGCCCGCGCGCGCGCACGCCCUGCAUACGUCUCCACUUUGCCGUAGUAGAUUACGGCAUUGAUCUCAACGACGAGUGCGGAUCUGUCUCUUGUGUUCGCCCUUUCUUCGACGGAGCGACUUGGAGGAACGCUCGAGAGAGAGAAGUAAGUAACUCUUCUCCCCCUGUGUGUCUGUGAGGACCCCUGGUCAUGUCCACUUAGCUCCCCUGCGUGAUGCCUGAUCAUGACAGCACCACCCUCCUAACCAGACAGACCAAGCGCCGACGUGUCGACAUCGGGGUGAAGAGGACUGUGGCUAGCACGCUAUUCGGCCGCGCCAGGGAGACCUUGCUCGAAAGCAUGAACCAAUCGCACGGCCCCGAUCAGGACGGAGACUGCUCGUUGGUCGGCCACGGCCACGGCGGCGCCAACGGAGACGGGGAGAAGUCGAACGUUUUGAGGAAGUUGCUGAAGAGGGCCAACUCGUAUGAAGACGCCAUCAUGCCUUUCCCUGGUGCUACCAUCAUCUCUCAGCUACUGAAGAAUAACAUGGGGAAGAAUGGAGGGAGCGACUCAGGCUUCCAGGGAAGUGGAGCUCUGUCCAGUGGAGGCUCAGAGAUCCACGCCGAAGACGCCUGCAGCAACUCCUCCCGCGACCGGGACAGCCCGUCUGACUGCCUCUCUCCCGGGCCUCCUCUCCCUCCUCCACCUUCCUCGUCCUCCUUCGGGAGACCACCGCCUCCUUCGAGCCUCAACUCCCACGCUCCCUCCCAGCCCCUCUCCCUCUCCAAUUUCGACUUGGACCGGCUGUCGGACGAGCACCUUCGCGCCAAGCGUGCCCGCGUGGAGAACAUCAUCCGCGGCAUGAGCCACUCGCCGCUGGUCCGGCCCAACGGCGACCCCAACCAAGAGAGCAACCGGGAGAACGAGAACUGCAGCAACAGCAGCAACGACCACCGGAGAGACGGGAACGGCCACAACGCCAGCAACCACAACCACAGCCGGAGCGACGGCACCUCUUCCCUCCUGAGCUCUCCGGGUUCGCGGGGCGGUGUGGUCAGCGUCGGCGAGGUUUACAGGGAGAAUAAGAGGAAGCAGCGUCUGCCGCAGCAGCAGCACAGCUUCACCCAGCUGGUGUGUUCCAGGCAGGAGCAGAGACAGGAAGAGAGACGGCAGCUCAAGCUGCAACUGGAGGACAUGCAGAAACAGUUACGUCAACUCCAGGAGAAGUUCUACCAGAUCUACGACUCAGAGACAGAGGAAGAGGAAGAGAACGGCGAGAGCAGAGAGGCCAACCGAGGAGGAGAAAGAGAGGAGGACGGUAACUUGUCAGAGGACAGUAUCCGCUCCGACGGCCUGGAGGAGAGGUACAGGGACCGAGGGCGCCACGGCAACGACGACCUGUCCGAGCUGGACCCCGGCCUGUUCCUGGACCGGGCCCGAGCCCUUCUCCGAGAACAGGCCCUGAUCGACGGAGAGAUGGAGGAGGACGUGGACGGCAGGGAGGAGGAGGAGAGGAACGUGGAAAGGGUGAUGAAGAGGAGAGGAGGAGCAGCAGGUGGAGGGGGAGGAGGAGGAGGAGGGAGGCAGUUGGCAGAGACGCUGAAGCAGGAGCUGAACUGCGCCGUGUCGCAGGUGGUCGACACCGUGGUCAAGGGCUUCUCCUCGCCCAAGCAGGCCGUCAGUCACCAUCACGGCUGCCACAGCAGCACGCCGGCUGCACCUUCUUCUUCCUCCAACUCGUCCUCUUCCUGUCCUCCACCUUUCGUCCCCCUCCCCUCCCUCACCCCGGACUCGCGCUUUGGCGGUGGCGCCCUGGCGCUCAGUAUGAACGGCGACGGCAGCCCGACCCCCAACUACCACUCCUCCAACCAGCGGCUGCAUUGCUUCGGGGACGUCAUCGUCCCGAGCCCGCUGGAUUCCUUCGGCGGUUUGAGCGGCAGACUGAGCGGCGUGCCGACGCCCAACGACCAAACCGAGGCGCUGCCGCUGGUGGUGCGCAAGAGCGGCGGAGGCGAUGGAGGAGAGAACACAAACCCGUCUCUUCCUCCUCCUCCUCACCAUCCCUCCCUCCACCCCUCCCCCCUCACGGCCUCGCUCGGGUUUAGCCCUCCAUCCUUUCGCCACCCUUUCCCGCUUCCCCUCAUGGGCUACCCCUUUCAGAGCCACCUCUCACACGGGGGCGGAGCCGGCUACCCUCCGGGGCCCAAGGACCAUCACCGGUCCUCCCCCGACUCUAUGGACAUGACCCGGGAAACUGUCAGCCUCAGAACCAAAAUGGCGUCCCUCGGAGGGGGCCAUCUCAGUCAUCACCACCACCACCACCACCACCGGCAGAGCUCACCAGGCCAACACGGACCAGAGGGUCUGUCCCUGUCCCUCAUAAAGUCUGAGUGUGGGGACCUUCAAGACAUGGCCGACAUAUCGCCUUACUCAGGCAGCACCAUCCAGGAGGGCUUAUCCCCCAACCACCUGAAGAAGGCCAAGCUGAUGUUCUUCUACACCCGCUACCCUUCCUCCAACAUGCUCAAAAUAUUCUUCUCAGACGUCAAGUUCAACCGCUGCAUCACCUCCCAGCUGAUCAAGUGGGUUGGCAACUUCCGGGAGUUCUACUACAUCCAGAUGGAGAAGUUCGCCCGGCAGAACAUCAACGAGGGCAUAACGAGUGCCGACGAGCUGACGGUGGCCCGCGACUCCGAGCUCUUCAGGGCGCUCAACAUGCACUACAACAAGGCCAAUGACUUUGAGGUUCCUGAGCGAUUUCUGGAGGUGUCCCAGGUGACUCUCCGCGAGUUCUUCAACGCCAUCGUGGCCGGAAAGGACGCAGACCCGUCCUGGAAGAAGGCCAUCUACAAGGUGAUCUGCAAACUGGACAGCGAGGUCCCCGACGUCUUCAAAUCCCCAAACUGUCUACAAGAACUCCUCCACGACUGACUAGAGCGCGGGACGAAACACAGCAAGCGAGAAAAACCUCCGAGGACUGUGAGAGGACAGUGAGGAAACGUGACUUUUGGAGAGGUUUGUUGACGGUCAGUCCGACUUUUAAAGGACAAAACUGCCCUCGAAAUGUUUUAUAAAGAAAAAAAUACUCCUCUUGAAUGAGGCAGAGGGCUGAACGAGGAGUCAGACGAUACGCAACGUAACAAAUUGUGAGACUUUUUUAAAUUAAAAGCAAAACAGUGAAAAUCCUUGCACUUACAGAAAAGCUCCUCCUCGCCGAAAACCCCCCGUCUCCUCCUUCUCCUCCUCCUCCACCUCCACCUCGUCCAAGCUCGCUCUUCAUCCAUCUCUGGAGGAACAAAGGGAUGAAGAAGAUGAUGGAUCAAUCUCCGGGAGUGACCGAAAAUAAAGACGAUAAUAUAUAAAAAAAAUCUUUUUAUUGUGGAUGUUUUUAAGUUACAUGGACAUUUUUGAAAAAAAAGUGAUGUUUCUGUAUUUUUUCUCCUUUCUAUAAGCUUACAGCCUCUCUUCUAUGAACCCUCACAUAGAUAUACACACAUACAUACACACAAACACACACACACACACACACACACACACAACCACAAACACACGUGUUGAAUAGGAAAGCACAGUAGCAUUCCCAAAUCCUCACCCAGACAAACUGGACAUAAAUAAACUUAGUUGUUGUUUCUCUCCCUUCUUUUUCCCCUCCUCUUUUUACUUCUCCCCUCUUCUUACUGUUCUGAGACUUACUGGGUGUUUGUUUUGACUGUGUGGCUCUCCCUGCCCCACCCUUCUCUGGCCGCCCCUCUUGGCUCAUGUUGCAUUCAGGCACCCAGAGCAUCGAAGACGAAUAAACACUGAUUUUUAUUUUAUUUUACAUAUAUUUCACAUGUAGAUGUACUGACAUUCUCUGGCAUUCUCAUUCUGACUCAUCAAAUGUGUUUUGGACCAGUCAGGGAUGGUUUACAUUAGUUAUAUGCAAUGCUUUUCAAAAUAAAUGUCCGUGUUUGCAGGAAACCAUUCAACAAUUUAGGCUACAAAAUCACUGAUGUAGGAGUAGAGAAAAAAAAUUCCAGGUAAACUGUUAGAAAACACAUUUUUAACAGUAAAGCAACCAGAAGCAACGUAGUUAUGUAAAAAAUUCAGUGAUGUUUGAAUCACAUUGUUUACUUUUGUUUCCAUAAGGGACACAAACCCUGGGUUAAAGUCCGAAGUCUGUUCGACCCAUCCACCCCUAGUGCGAGUUCCAUGUUUUAUACUCCACAUCUCCGUCAUUCAUAAUAGCUACGGCCACUAGAGGGUAGUGGGGGACAGGUUAAAAUGAGAAUAUGGGUCGUUUUUUGCUAGUCGUUUUUGAGGGGAGACCAGUCUCAACUAGCAACAUUGACUCGCACGUGGCACCAAAAAGUCCCGGUGCAUUAGUAUGUGAUAUAUUGGGAGUGAAACUGGGCUGACAUAUAUUUGCGAUAAACCAAUAUAUACGAUGAUAUGUAGGUAAAAAAAAAUAUAUAUAUACACAAAGCUGGGGAAUAGGGUCAUAUUUACAGAAAAAAACUCAAGAUUAAGCUGUAAAUUUAUGAGAAAAAUCUUGCAUCUGUCCAUUGUGUCGUAGUUCCUGAGGCCCAGUUUACAUCUGAAUUCAUGUCUCUUCAAAGUCCAGAUGCUGUUGAUAAUAUGUAAUUCUUGGCUGAAAUCAGUUAUUUCUUAUUGACGAAUCUAAUUGCAAAGUAUCAUAUGAUUAGUUAAUAUAAAAUACAUGCAAGCGAAGGCACCUGUGUUGUGAUGAGGUUGAACUAGCCUUGCAAAGUGGACAAAAAAAUGAGUUUUUUCUUUAAAUUACAACUUUAAUCAAUUUUUUUUUUUUUUUUUUACCUACAAUGAUCCUAACAAGCUGUCGUAAAUAUCUGGUCCAGAUCCUACUGGUUUAUUAACAAUUCUUUCAAUACACAGCACAAAUGCUGGAUAAUGUAUGGACACGGAGAUAAUGUUAAAUUUAUUUAAAAUUUAUAUAUUUUUUAACAUCAUUUGUGAAAGCUUCAAUUAUUUUUCUCAGAAUAUUCCAACUCCUAAUCUGAAAAUCACAUUUACAUCAAUUAGUGAUUUCAGUCUUAGUGCCAAGUGGCUUUACUGUGUCGUUUUAAUAGUGUUAAACAGGAACCAAACCAUUCAUUCCAGUUUCAUGACCACUCUCUAAGCAGCACGUCAUUCCCACAUGAUGCAAAACACAAGAAUCAUUCUUCAUGGUGCUCUGGGACCGGCCAUCUUUGGCGACACACACUUUGUAGUGUUUCUUUUAAGUACUGACUGGACUCAAACACAUUUGAACACUUUUUAAAGCCACUAACUGCGGUACAAUCAGCCGUUCUGAAAACUGAGCUCACGCGUCGUGAGAUGUCAAAAUGUCCUUCAUGCUGAGAACCUUAAAACUGAAAAUUGGGGGGGAAAAAAACUAUUUCUCUCUCUGCUCUGGGUGGCCGAGAGGGGCGGCUGCACCAGCCGGGUCAUGUGUGAAGUGUUUAAGGUUUUAACAGCAGAAAAAAAGACAUAAGACAAAAUGCUGAUAUUUGUAGCUUGUAUAGAUGUAAUAAUUACUCUGAUCACUCUGAUAUUGUUAUUAUUUAUAAUUGAAAUAAUUAUUCCUAUUAAUGUUAUUCUGAUGAUGAUGAUUAUUAAUGCUUGCUACAGAUUUGACCAGUGGUUUACUCAUCGUUUAUCCAUCACACUGCAACAUGAAAUAAA